AUGGACAACAAUAAGUUAGCGAUGUUACUUGGCUUUGAAGAUGAACCUAUCACAGAAAAAUACAAAGCGCAAGUUAAUUUUACUAUCAACAAAAUAGGAGGAAUGCCUGAUUAUCCUCUAAAUAUUAAUUUAGAACCUCCAAUUUGUACUCUAUGUCAGCUUCCAAGACCAUUAGUGGUUCAAAUAUAUGCACCAUUGGAAAAUUCAACUUUGCAUCGUACUUUGUAUUUAUUUGCUUGUAUAAAUCCAAAUUGUUGGACCCUCAAUGAAAGUUGGUUAUGUGUAAGAGUCCAAUCUCAAGAAAAUAUCUUGAAUACUUUGGAAGAUACAACUGCAACUGUUCCAAAAUCUUCAGCGACUGAUUGGUGUGCAGAUGCAGACGAUUGGGAUGAUGAUAAUAACGCAAAUUUCAAUGAAGAAAAUGGUAAUGUCAUCAGUAAUAUUGAAAAAGUUUCAGAUGAAGAUGAAGAAAGUUGUUCAUUAGAAGAUUCGCUUAGAUCUGGAUUCGGAAAUUUGUCUGUGGAUGAUAGAAAUGCCAAUAAAGGUGCACAGGGGGGUGCAGUCGGCCGACUCCAUUCUCCUCUAGCAACGGCCGAAAUCGAAGGCAACGAAGGCGAAGUAAUAAGUAUCGACACACCCACCUUUCCGCAACACGACAUCGCAUCGUUACUCCAAGAAGCCGCUCCCCUUCCUCAAGAUAUUUGCCAAUCAGGACCACGCAGAGCUUCCUUGAUUCAAUUUUCUCCUUAUUUCAUGUCGGUGUGGGAAGAGUCCAGCGAAAAACAAUCAGCAAACGUUACCGAUAGACACGUUAAAGAACUUUUACAGGAAUACCAACAGAAAAAUGACGACAAUUCGCAUCUGGGAGGCGGUCCUGAAGGGGGAGGGGCAGAAGGCGGAGAGGGGUACGAGAAAAGUAAUCCCGCCCAUGGUGAUAAGAUGUUCCACCACUUUUUGUCCAAGGUACAGAGCAACCCUGGACAAAUAUUGAGGUAUGGUCGAGAAUCUUCCCCUCUGCUUCUCUACCCACUUCAAGAAGCUCCGAGAAAAUGCCAGUAUUGCCAAGGAGAUCUAGUAUUCGAAUUCCAAAUAGUUCCAACAAUAAUUUCCAAAUUGAAGCUUGUCACUGAUCCAAAACAGGUAUCCAGACUGGAAUUUGGCACAGUUCUAAUCUAUACUUGCCGAAAAAGCUGCUGGUCUUCAGAUGCGACUGUACGAGUAGAAACUGUGAUUAUACAAAGUGAACUUUAUUAA